CAGUGACUGAUAUGAAGUAACAACUACAGAAUCGGAGGGGCAUCUACUGACGAGAAGGGGCAGUUACUGACCAGCGGGGGAAACUACUGGUCGGGACUGGGCAUCUACAGCUAAAAGAAAAUACUGACAGCAAUGGGUAAAUUGAAGAGCGCAUCCAGUUGCCGACGCCCGGGGCAAUAACUUGCCGUCAGAAACUGUAGAUUAAUGAGCAGCUACUGACUGCAAGAACAGCAAGUGUUAUCCAGCGGAAGAAGAUGUGGAUCGAGCCAGAGGAGGUUCUCCUAGCGGGGGCACUCUGGGUCUCGGAGCGGGCGAACCCAUUCUUCAUCCUACAGAGGAGGAAAGGCCAUGGCCGUGGAGGUGGACUUUCGGGUCUCUUGGUUGGCACUCUGGAUGUGGUUCUUGACUCUAGUGCUAGAGUGGCUCCAUACAGGAUUCUGCUUCAGACGUCAGACUCUCAAAUCUACUGGAACAUUGCAUGUGGCUCAUCCAGAAAGGAGAUCACCGAGCAUUGGGAUUGGCUGGAGUCCAACCUGCUGCAGACUGUUGCUAUCUUUGACAAUGAUCAAGACAUCACUACUUUUGUCAAAGGGAAGAUUUGUGGCAUCAUUGCAGAGGAGAAGCGUCUGAAGAAGGGGGAGGAGCCAGAAGAAGAGAGCCGCAAGUUCAGGGAGGCAGAACUGAAAAUGCGUUCAUUGUUUGGGAUGCCUGAAGAAGAAAAACUAGUGAAUUACUACUCCUGCAGCUACUGGAAAGGUCGCGUUCCUCGCCAGGGUUGGCUCUAUCUGUCGGUCAACCACCUGUGCUUUUACUCCCUCCUGCUGGGCAAAGAGGUAACACUGGUGGUUCCAUGGAUGGAAGUGACACAGCUUGAGAAGAACUCCACAUUGGUUUUCCCUGAGAGUGUGCGAGUUAGCACACGGAACACAGAGCACUUCUUUUCCAUGUUCCUCAACAUCAAUGACACCUUCAAACUUAUGGAGCAGUUAGCUAACAUUGCAAUGCGUCAGCUGCUUGACAACGAAGCCUUUGCUGCCGAUCGUUCUCUGCCCAAACCCAGCAAGACGCUUAAGAAUGUCUCUGCGCUGAAGAGGGACUUGGAUGCCCGAGCAAAGAAUGAGCGAUACCGUGCAAUGUUCCGUCUGACACAGGACGAGCGUCUAGAUGGACACACUGAUUGCACUUUGUGGGCGCCGUUUGCUAAAAUGCAUGUGGUUGGUCAGCUCUUCAUCUCCAACAACUACAUCUGUUUUAACAGCAAAGAGGAAGAAGUUUGUCAGCUGAUCAUCCCACUGCGAGAGGUAUCUGUUGUGGAGAAGGCAGACAGCAGCAGCGUUCUCCCAUGUCCAGUCUCCAUAAGCACCAAAAACAAGAUGAACUUCCUCUUUGCUAACCUUAAAGAUAGAGACUUCCUGGUCCAUCGCAUUUCCGACUUCCUACAGCGGACUCCUGACAGCCCAUUGCCACUGAUUGGGAACCCAGUUUCCUCACUUGCAGUAUCUGAGGCUGUCACCAGGGGGCGACAUUACCAUGCUGGUCUCCCCACAUCUAACCAGAGUUUACUGCAACUAUACCAUGCCAACACUGACACCAACAGUGAGGACUUGGGUCCUAAAGCUAUGAAGGAGAAGAUGAAGGAAGAACUGUGGAACAUUCACUUCUCAGAGUUUGGUAGAGGGGUAUGUAUGUACAGAACCUCCAGAACCAGAGAACUAGUGCUGAACGGAAUUCCAGAAAAUUUGAGGGGGACACAGUGGCUGCUCUUUUCAGGAGCACAGAAUGAAAUGGACUCUCACCCUGGGUACUAUGAGGACUUGGUAGAACAGGCCAUGGGUCAAAGUUCAUUAGCCUCAGAGGAAAUUGAGCGUGACCUUCAUCGAUCAAUGCCUGAACAUCACGCAUUCCAAAAUGAAACGGGCAUUGCUGCACUGCGACGUGUCCUAACAGCCUAUGCCCACCGCAACCCCAAUAUAGGCUACUGUCAGGCCAUGAAUAUUGUAACUUCUGUCCUGCUGCUCUACUGUCCUGAAGAGGGCGCCUUCUGGCUGCUGGUGGCACUUUGUGAACGUAUGCUGCCUGAUUACUACAAUACCAGAGUUGUAGGAGCUCUGGUGGAUCAGGGUGUGUUUGAAGACUUGACUCGUCUCUACCUGCCUACUCUCUAUGUACACAUGAAGGAUCUUGGCGUCAUUUCCACAAUCAGUCUCUCCUGGUUCCUCACACUUUUUCUCUCUGUGAUGCCCUUCCAUAGUGCUGCCCUGCUGGUAGACUGUUUUUUCUAUGAGGGCAUCAAGGUCAUUUUCCAGGUGGCAUUGACUGUUCUCCAUGACAAUAUGGCUGCCCUUUUGUCCUGCAAUGAUGAAGGAGAAGCAAUGACCAUCCUUGGCAGGUACCUGGACAAUGUGGUGAAUAAUCAGACCGGAGCUCUGCCAAUCCCUCACCUGCACGCCUUGCUGACAAGUGGAGAUGAACCUCCUCCUCAGAUUGAGAUUUUUGAUCUCAUCAAGUCGUCCUAUCAGAAGUUUGGUAGCCUUCGCUCCGAUGUCAUAGAGCAGAUGAGAUUCAAACAGAGGUUAAAAGUCAUUCAGUCACUGGAGGACACAGCUAAAAGAAGUGUGGUGAGGGCGAUGGUGACGGAGUCUGCGUUCAGCAUCGAGGAGCUGGAGGAUCUCUACUGCCUCUUUAAAUCCAAACACAUGACCAGUUGUUACUGGGGCUCAAGCAGUACUGCGGCGGAGCGUCACGACCCCAGCCUGCCGUAUCUGGAGCAGUAUCGUAUUGAUCCUUCUCAAUUCUGCGAACUCUUUACGACACUCGCCCCGUGGGUGUGUGGAAUCCACACCUCAACUUUGUCAGGCCGCCUUUUCAGACUCCUUGACCAAAACCAAGACGGCCUAGUCAACUUCAAAGAGUUCAUCACUGGACUCAGUGUGAUGUAUCAUGGAGACAUGAUGGAGAAACUCAAACUAUUGUACAAACUCCACCUCCCACCAGCUAUGUGUCCUGAGGAAGCAGAAUCUGCUCUGGAAGCGACUACAUUCUUUACUGAGUCUGAAGCCCCAGAUUCCUCUCUCUUGUCUCGCCAGAACACUGCACGUCAUCAGGAAAUGACACAGGGUGACACAGGAGGAGAAGGUGACGAGAAGAAAGAUGACAAGAUGAAGGACUACAGGUUUUACCUGAGGAUGUGGGCUAAAGAGAAAGAGCAGAAAAAAGAAAGCAUCAAAGAUUUGCCCAGGAUUAACCAGGAACAGUUCAUAGAGUUUUGUAAAACUCUCUAUAACCUUUUUGCUGAGCAGCCAGAGGAGCAGCAGCUUUAUCACUCCAUUGCCACUGUCGCCAGCCUUCUGUUGCGUAUUGGCGAGGUCGGCAAGAAGUUCAACAACUCUGCGGCUGCUGCACAGACUCCGUCCUCUACUCAGACCCCACACUGUAACCCUGCUGAUGGGGCAUCAGGUGAGUCUGAUUUAUGUCAGGCUCUGGACAAUGCCCAGCUUGAGUCUGUGACACUGCCACUGUGUGAUGAGGACACCAAAGAUGACUCAUCUGCGUCGUCUUACUCAGUAGUGAGUUCGGGCUCACUGGCUUGUGAGGACAUAGCUGAAGAACAAAGGCGUGGAAGUGUACUGGACCUAGAUUGGUCAAUUACCUUUGAGCAGGUUCUAGCGUCACUGCUCACUGAGCCCCCGCUUGUUGACUACUUUGAGAGAAAGCAUGAUAUCCAGACCAAGAUUGCUGCCUGUAAGACCCAGCGUGCAGUGGAGCGCCAGAUCAGCUCUUCCUCUGAACAUGAAAUCUCCCCACACUCUGUCUGACUCACCUGACAAGCUGAGAGGUCCAGUGGUUUAAGAUAAGAUGAUGUUUCAUCUUCUGUUGAUCAGUUUCAUCAGGCUUUGAUUGGCCAGUAAUUCUGCAACACAAUGAAAUUGCGAUAGCUAUUUAAUCAGAUUGAUUACAUUUAAAUUACAAAUAAAAACAUCAGCCUGUGGAGAGAAAUAUCUGGCAAGAGAAUUUGUAAGGCCCAUAAAAUUACAGUGCUCUGGAUGACUUUUAAAUCUUGUACGAAAAAGGACACUCAAAGAUGGAGCCCAGAUGUAGAAUCAAGUCUGUUGCAGCUUUUAUCCCAAUUCAGAUUUUAUCCAAAUCAGUUCACAGGAUCAAUUUCAGUGAACUACACUAAAACGAUUAACCUUGAAAUUUAAUCUGAUCAAUCUCAAGACAGUUAAGGUACAGUGUUUUACAGCUUAUCAGGAUAUAGUUGUGAGAGUGUGGCCGAAGGGAAAACAUCAAAAUGGCAUUAAACACAACAUCUAUGACAUCUAUGUCACACCAUUGAAUCUUUGCAAAACAUCACUUCCUCCCCUGAGCACAUCCACAUGUAAAUUAUAUAGAGGUUUGUCACACUGCCACCAACUGUCAUCUGUAAGUUGGCCCGUGUGAAAAUUGAUAUCACGUCUUUUAUGUGUGAUCUAAAAUUGUUAUACACUAAGGUGUGCAAUAAAUCUCUGUUUCAGUGACACUCAGUGAACACAGAUCAUCAGUCAUUUCCUGAAUUGUGUUUGCAUGUCUGGACCAACACACACCUGAACUUUUAAAAUGUUUUGAGGAAUCAUGUAUUAUUUUAAGAAUACACAUAUAAAGAAAUUGUUUGUGUUAAAGUGUAUUAAUAAAUAGAUGUAUUAACUUUGACCUGGUGAGGUCAUGUUGAUCCUUUUUUUUUGCCUUUGUCUAUUUACCCUGUAGUUUUAAAUUUACCUUAUUGAUCAGUUAUUGGUCUAAUAAAUAUAUUCUUCACCU